AUGGAACAAGAAUGCAGCGGCAUUGCUGCUCUUGUUGCCCAUGCUGCAUUUACUGCUGGUCGCAGAGCAACACUGACGAAGCAUGCCUUGCGGUUGGGCAGACUGCUGGUCGACAGACCAGCAAAUCAGAGAGAGAAACGCAGAAAGCAGGAUUUCAGUUUAGUUUCGGGAGCCAGGUUCGACAUCCGGAUGGAUGUAAGCUCCAACCCAAACAUGACAGGGCAUGUCGACGGGGAAGGAAUCCGGCUGAUCCGCGCGGACAAACCUCAAAGGGUGAGAAUUGGUUGGGAACGGUUGAAACAGUCAAGGGGAGGUGGGAGGUCGGUCACCGAAGAGGCGAGCGAUUGA